AUCAACAGCCAAACGGCGCUGUUAAACAGUUUCUCUUUCUAAAUACGAUUUCAAUUUUCAAUUUCUUAUAUUGUUUUUUAAAAAAUGGAAACGACGUCGUCGAGAAGUAAAUCGAACGUUUCGGGAUUUAGCCAUCACUUUCAACGCUCAAUAUCGCCGUCCGAUCGGUUCUGCUCAUCUACGAUAUCGUCUCCGUCGUCGAGUUUCGCAACCCGAUCCGGAAGUUUCCUGGCCCGACCCACGUCCCCGACCCGGGUGAAUCUCCGCCGAUCCGUCUCGCCGUCGUCCUCCGUACGCUUCUCCACCUCACCUAGCCGUUCGAUUGCGGUGUCGCCUCAGCCGCAGAAGCAGAACAGCCAUAGCCACCGCCACCGCCAUUUCCCGUCGAAUCAGAAGAAGACGUGUAUGUGCUCUCCGACAACUCAUCCAGGAUCGUUCCGGUGUAGCCUUCACAAGGGAAUGCAUUACCAAAGCCACCAACAGACGCAGUACCACUCGAGCCACCACCUGAAUAUGCGGAGAUCGGCGAUGAAGAACUCUCUGGUGAGAAUCGGCACCGUAGAGGGCGACUUGGUAAAGAGAGCGCUCGCCGCUUUGAUUCGCCCUUCAUCGCACAGCCUCCGACGCCGUGGCGACUUUCAGCCGAGACCUAGCCGACUGUCGAUCAUGUCCAAAGCCGAUGACAAGUAAAUCUAACACAAUUCAGCCAAGCUUAUACGCCGUCGGCGAGGCCACCGCAGUGAGUCACCGCGACUCGAGCGUUUGAGCCGGUUUUUUUUUUUUUUGUAUUCACAGGAGAGAGAGUAUACCCGGUUGCAUAAAAGUAUUGGACUGUUCACUGAAUUGAAAUUUAGAUUAGGAAAAUACUUAUUUUUGUGUGUAAUAUAUGGAAGUUUUUUAAUGACUUGUUAAUAUGAAUAUAGUAAAAGGUAUAUUCUAAUUACAGAGUAUUAAUAUGUCAAAAACUAUAUGAAUUAUUUUUAGGCAAUUUUCAUGA